UUGCCCUUGCACUGGUUUUGUUGGAGCGAAAUGGAUUUGAUUAAGGUUUGGAGAUUGAGCCCCUGCGUAAGUGUAAUUCCCUCACCACCACUUAUCACUAUCACUCCGAGUAGAAUUCGCUUCUUCUCUGCCUCUGCAACAAAUUUCUCCUUUCAGUUUUCUACAUCUCCCUGCACUCCCAUUCCACGUGGCAGAAGGAGAGACUCUGAUUCAGAGCCCGUUCUAGAACCCUCCAUUGUCCAAGAGCUAUCAUUCGACGACGAAGAAGAAGACUUCCUCGACGAAUUUCAGUACGAGGAUGAAGACGACGGCGACGAGUACUACGACGGAGAAGAGGAGGCUGGUGUGCCUUAUGCAGGUGAUGGCGGCGCAGGUGGUGGAAUCUCCCUCGCCGGGACAUGGUGGGAUAAAAAAGCACUAGCCAUUGCUAAAGAGGUUACUCUCUCUUUUGAUGGCGAAUUGCAAAUUUAUGCUUUUAAAACAUUGGUCAACGCCACCAUUCAAGUGCGCAUUGAGAACCUUUCUAAAAAGUCUGGUUCCCCCAGCAUGGAAGAUAUUGAAGCAUUCUCUGCAACAUACAGAGCAAAAUUGGAUGAAGCAGAACUUGCCAAAUUUGUUCCCGACAAUAUAUGUUUGGAGGUGUCAUCUCCUGGUGUUGAAAGAAUAGUUCGGAUUCCAGAUGACCUAGAUCGAUUCAAGGACCGACCUAUGUAUGUGAAAUAUGUCAUUAAUGAUGAUUCAAAUAAUCCAGCUGCAGAAAGUGAUGGUGUCUUCAGGCUUGAAUCUUUUGACAUGGAAACGAAAUAUUGCAGCUGGGGUUUAGCAGAUGUGAAAGUCAACAGACAGAAAGCAGGGAAAGGAAGACCACUGAAUAAAAAACAAAGAGAGUGGCGUUUAAGCACUCCAUUUGAUUCCUUACGUUUUGUACGGUUGCACUCUGAUAUUUAAAUUAUUUAUUUUGCCCGAAAGUUGAUGACUAGAUUUCAUCAUUCGUAUGUAUACGUCUGUGUAUGUUCAUUGUAUACGCAUAUAAAGAACUGCAAUAGUAGAUAGUUAGAACAAUUAACAGAUACGGUACUAGUUCAAUCUUAAAACUAUUUACUUCAUGGGAAAUAUAGAAGAGAAAACCAAUUAUUAUGAGA